AUGGCAUCGCAGCUACCCAAUCCCUAUGGCGCUGGCGCGAAAGGCCUUCCUAAUCCAUACGCGGCAGCUACCGUCGCGGAGUCUGCGCCUGUCAAGUUCUCAGAAGAGCAGGCAAAGGCCGAGCAGAAGAAAACACCUGGUAUCUACUUAGAACGCACGCUCUCCUUUCACAACCCGCACCACAUUAGACGCCCCCAGGCGAAGGGUGCCGUUGUCAAAAAGCCUGCCAUAGCAAGACCCGUCAUGUCUGCUUCAUCUUCCUCGGACCCUCCGCCCGAAUCCGCGACCACAACAAGCCAGCAGCCGGGUCUCGACUGGUGGCGCAGUACGGCUGAUGACGAUGCCGCGGCUCUCGAAUAUAAGAGAGAGAUGGAUAGGCAACAGAGGGAGAAAAAGAAGCAGGAGAAGAAGUUCGCGAAGCAGUUUGGCUGGUGGAAGGGGGACGCCCCCUACAGGCCAGAUCGACCGUCGAAUCUUCGCGCGUACAGGGCGAGCGGAGCCUAUCGCUUGAAGGUGGAAGCCUUCGCAGACUUUUUAAAAACGCAGGCCAGACCUGACAAGAGCAGCGAAGCGUCUCCCGAUGUUACCUCUGCAUCCUUUAGGACCCUCGACACUGCGUCCGCUGCGUCCAAGCCUUCGUUUGUGCCACCGGCCAGCUACGAUCAAGACCGCACAUCGAACUCGCCCAUUGCUUCGGAUGUACAGAGCGAGGAAGAUCCUUACGCUCGGCGAGUGCGUCUUUCGCGGGCAUCCGCACUUGACGCGCAACCACCGCCACCGCCUCCGCCUCCGCCUCCGCCACCAGCACCCACUGCCUACGCAGCUGUCCCACCUCUUCCUCCUCCACCGAGUGAAGCUCCUACGAACAUCCCACCUCCUCCACCGCCAACGUCCGCGCCGUACAAUCCAACAAUAUCCGCGUCUCCUGCUCGCUACAAUCCCACCAUCUCUGCGCCUCCAGUGCGUUACGAGCACGCUACCAUCUCGGCACCGCCCGUCCGCUAUAAUGUACCCGAUCCGGCAGAUGGGCCGCCACAAGAAGAACGACCGGCAAAACGACCGAAGCUCAGCAAAGCAGAGCAAAUGAUGGCGAAGAUGGGCUACAAAAAGGGUGAAGGUUUGGGCAAGAACAGCGAUGGAAUCACAACGCACCUGGAAGUGAAGGCGCGCAAGGCAGAUAAAAGAGUGGCUGAACCCGACGAGUACGAUGAAAAUGGAAAAGUCAUCAAAAGCCAACAGGUCUUUGACAUCCUUGGUGGCCAUACAUCCAAGCGGAAAGAGCCGGACAGAUUCGGACAAGAAUCGAAGGUUAUUGUUGCCUGGGGAUGUGUGGACGGCAUCAACUGGAGAACUGAUGCCGAUCGCGACGAUGGCGGUGUACGACAAGAGAUGGGCCAGACGUUUGAUGACAAGUUUGGUAGAAUCGAGCGCAUCUAUGUGAACUUGAGCAGCGAUUCUCAGCCGGUGUACAUCAAGUUUGCGUCUGAGUUGAGUGCUUUGAACGCCGUUAAUCGCUUCCACGAAGGCUACCAGUUCCGCGGUCGCAACAUACGGGCACAUUACUACAACGAAGCCAAGUUCGAAGCAUCAGUCUUCGAUCACUAA